UUCUUUUUUAGAUGGGGAUUAGUUUCCGGUGCUAUAGACGCAUUAUUUGUUAUACACAGAAACAGCCAAAUAAUACGGCAAAAGGGCGUUCCCUUGUUUUGCUAUUAGAUGAAAAUGCGACAAUGACCUAGAACCAGAAUGAUCUGCGCUUUAAUUACUGCGACGUUAGUCUGGCAUAUAACCAACGAAGUCACAUGCCGAACGGAGAUGGGAGUUUUCUACGUAAUCCUAUUUUAAACGCCUCUGUUUUCAAUCUCGUUACCAUAAGUUUCAUUUGAUACAGCUUAUGUCGCACUUUGGAAGUUCUUUAAAAUUUUUUAGAUUGAAUUUUUUAAAACAGUCUUCAAGGUUGCGGUAGCCCGUCAGUAUAGAUUGCGUCGUCACAAGAUUAUAAAAUUAUUUUUUCUUUUUUUUUUUGAAUGGCGGUUAGCCGCCAGAGCAAAGUUGUCUGGUCUUCCGCUAGGGGGCAUUAGGUUUGACCCUGGCCUUACUGAUAUAGUCUGAAGCUUCACUCCCAGUAUAGGCUGGUCGAUUUCGAUUUUCGACUGCGCUGUUCUUUUUUUUUCUCUUGUUUGUGUUCAAAAAUUGGCAAAUCGCUGACUGCUUUAAUAGAAUUGACCAUGCCAUCAGACAGUCGUGGCAGCAGCAGUGGAGGAAGCCAGGUCGUAAGCAAUGGCAAGAUUCAUGGAUACCUUAUUGUUCUUGGGAACAAUGGCAGUUUACCCUCAGGCGACAAGGGUCGAAAGCGAUCCAAAUACUGCGUGACGCAGCGGCCAAAACCCAAUGGAGUCCAGCCAUCCAACCAAUACCGCGUACAAACACCUCAAACCCAUCCGGCUGUGACGGAUGUGAAUCAGCACACCAUUUUCUACACGUUGCCCCGGCACCAGGCUGUCAUCGUCGAGUAUACUUCCGACCCGACAAAGGAUAUGUAUCAGAUUGGCAGAUCUUCAGAGGAACCAAUAGACUUUGUUGUUGCGGACACAGUGCCAGGUAGUUUAAACAAGACGUCAGUAAAUCGAACAUCUUCCUGCUCAAGCAAUGGCGGUCAAGUCGUGCCGGCCGUUGGCAGAGUGGCACAGAGUACCAUCAGUCGCUUUGCUUGUCGUCUUCUAGUCGAACGAGACAGCCUACCCGCCAGAGCUUACGUCUACGCUGCAGGAUUUGAUUCAUCUCGCAACAUCUUUCUAGGCGAAAAAGCUACAAAAUGGGAAACAGACAAGGGUAUUGAUGGUCUUACCACAAAUGGAGUACUACUGUUGCAACCGAAAGGUGAGUUUGAAGGCGGUGCCGCGUCGCCUGGACAAUGGGUUGAAGUUUCCGUUGGAGGAGCCUUGUAUCAUUUAAGAGAUUCACGGUCUGCUCCUCAGAAAAAAUCACAGGUGGAAAAUGAAUUUAAUUUGCUGGUGGAUGGAUCGUUAAUUGAUUUGUGUGGCGCAACGUUACUAUGGCGGAGUGCCGAGGGCUUGGCCAAAGGACCGACAGCUAGACAUUUGGAAAAAAUGGUUGACGAGCUGAACGCAGGCAAACCACAAUGUCCAGUUGGUUUAAACACGCUUGUUCUACCCAGAAAGUCAACUUUGCCUCCGCCCGAUCAAACUCCGUAUGUUUAUUUAAAAUGUGGACACGUUCAGGGCCAACAUCAUUGGGGUAAAGAAGGAGAAGAUCGCACUUGCCCUAUCUGCCUUAAAGUUGGCCCUGUCUCACAACUAAGUAUGGGUCUAGAACCAGCCUUCUGGGUGGAUCGCGAACCACCCACAUACGCUUUCAAUCCUUGCGGUCACAUGGCUUCCGAAAAAACAGUCAAAUAUUGGGGAGCUAUUCCUAUUCCUCACGGUACCAAUGGUUUCAUCGGCAAAUGCCCGUUUUGCGCCACACCGCUCGAGGAUCGAGGUUUCGCGAAACUAAUAUUCCAGGACCAUUUAGAUAGUUAAUUAAAAAAUUGUGUGAAUGCGAAAAUGCGGUUUUGUUGCCUCCUUUUCAUGGUCUGUCUUUUAUUCAUCGAUUGUACAUUAUAAAUGAAGACGACCUCAACAACUUUUUGUCCUUCCACACCUCCCGCAAAACCCGUACUGACUUUUAGAGAGAGAAAUACACAUUACUCUAAUGUAAA